ACAGCCGUAUUCCAUGUAUAAACAUUAUAUAUGGGCUUAAAUACGGACAAUAUUCGUCUAUACGGGCUUUUGAUGUCGAGUCCAAAGCGCGGCCCAGCCCAAAUCUAAGCAAUGUGACUGACUCCUGGGCCCCCAUAAUCUCAGCCAGCAUCGCCUCCGCCACUCCGGCGAGCCAUCUCCGCCGCCGGCGGCGACGGCCGCCUCUCCCUCCCUCCUCCUUCCCCUAUACUCUUCUCCUCCUACCUCCACCAACGGAAGUACGACUGUACCCAAAACCCUUCCCGUCCCCUCACCUGCGCCGCCGUGACAGCCGCGAUGGUCGCCGGCGGAGAAGGCCGGCCGGGGACCCCCAAAGAAAGGAAGGGGGUGUUCCAGUGUGGUUGUCCGGGAAGUUUCUUUGAUUCCGCGAGACUGAACUUGCCAGCCACGUUUUGGGCUUCGUCUUGUAGAUGGCGAUUUCUUCCUCAGGCGCUGCGGUUCCAUUGGCCGGUCUCUUGCAGCUUGACUGUCCCUGGAUCUGGAUCUGCACGUCUUAUGAAAUUUCGCACUUACUCUAACCUGAAUAGAUGUAACUGCUUUAUUUCUUUUUGUCUCACCUUGACAAAGUUAGCAUAUCUUGAAAUAUACUUUGCCCAAUUGUAUAGCCUUUUCUAGUUUUUAUAUGACCAUGAGUGAUUGCUUUUGGAGAGAAUACCUGCUCUUCACUCUGGUCAAUAGAUUUCCUGUCUGACUAAAGUCAGUUGCCUUGGUAUUCCUGCAUAUAUGUAGCAAACAUGUUAUCAGUACAUUUAUAUGUUUCACUUUCAUAUUGAGUAGAGGAAUCACAUAGAACCUGAUUAGCUGAGUACUACAUUAUCACCAAUGUGAAGGAACGUGCCAUAUGUUCCUCAAAGCUGAGACUGACCAGCCAACCACUGGUCUUGGGUUUUCAAAUGUUGCAGAGCACACCAUACCCACAAACAGAGAGGGGGAUGGAAGCUGUUGUAUGCGCAUCACAUGGAGCUGUAGGGUCCCUGCUAUGGAAGCUAAGUGCCUUGCUCUCUGAUGAAUAUAACCUUCUCACUGGUGUUAAGAGUAAUAUUAUGUUCCUUAAAGCUGAGCUUGAGAGCAUAGAUGUUUUCCUCAAGAAGAUGUAUGAGUUUGAGGACCCCGAUGAGCAAUCUUUGUUCUGGAUGAAGGAGUUCAGGGAGCUGUCCUAUGACAUUGAAGACAUCAUUGAUGCUUCCAUGUUCUCCCUUGGUCAUGAGUCCAAUCGCAGACCCCGUGGCUUCAAGGGGUUUGCUGGCAGGUGCAUGGACUUCUUGACAAAUGUCAAGACACGCCAUUGGAUUGCCAAGAAAAUCCAUUGUCUCAAAUGCUGUGUUAUAGAAGCUAGCAAUCGGCGUGCAAGGUACAAGGUCGAUGGUUCUGUCUCCAAACUGAGUAGGACAAGCUUAGACCCUCGCUUACCAGCAUUCUACACAGAGACGACAAGGCUUGUUGGAAUUGAUGGCCCAAGGGAUAAACUCAUCAAGAUGCUAGUGGAAGGGGACGACGCAUUGGUGCAUCAGCUGAAGGUGGUCUCCAUUGUUGGAUUUGGAGGCCUUGGAAAGACUACUCUUGCAAAUGAAGUGUGCCGGAAGCUUGAAGGACAAUUUAAGUAUCAAGCUUUUGUGUCAGUGUCCCAAAAACCAGACAUUAAGAAGAUUCUGAGACAUAUACUCUCUCAGAUCUGCUGGCGAGAGUGUAUCAGUGAUGAAGCAUGGGAUGAGCAGCAGCUCAUCCACACAAUAAGACAAUUCCUUAAGGAUAAGAGGUAUUUUAUUGUUAUCGAUGAUAUAUGGAGCACAUCAGCAUGGAGAACAAUCAAAUGUGCUUUUCCCGAAAAUAACUGUUCCAGUAGAAUAUUGACGACGACACGUAUCAUCGCAGUUGCUAAGUAUUGUUGCUCACCUCACCAUGACAAUGUAUAUGAAAUAAAGCCUCUUGGUGCAAUUCACUCUAAAAGCUUAUUUUUCAAACGAACUUUUGGUUCUGAAGAUAAAUGCCCUCUUCAUCUGAAAGAAGUUUCUAAUGCAAUCUUGAGAAAAUGUGGUGGCUUGCCACUGGGAAUUAUCACAGUAGCUAGCUUAUUGGCUAAUAAAGCUAGUACAAAAGAAGAAUGGGAGAGCAUACAUAAUUCUAUUGGUUCAGCUCUUGAAAAAGAUACAGAUAUGGAAGAAAUGAAAAGGAUAUUGCUCCUUAGUUAUGAUGAUCUUCCUUACCAUUUGAAGACAUGUUUGCUAUAUCUAAGUAUUAUUCCAGAAGAUUACGAGAUCAAGAGAGAUCGGUUAAUAAGGAGAUGGAUUGCUGAAGGUUUCAUCCCUACAGAAGGGGUGCAUGAUAUGGAGGAAGUAGGCGAAUGCUAUUUCAACGAUCUUAUCAACAGGAGUAUGAUUCUACCAGUUAAUAUCCAAUAUGAUGGUCGAGCUGAUGCUUGUCGUGUGCAUGAUAUGAUUCUUGAUCUCAUCAUAUCCAUAUCUGUCAAAGAAAAUUUUGUAACCUUGCACGGUGACCAAAACUACAAAAUAGUGCAACAAAAUAAGGUUCGUCGCCUAUCCCUCAACUAUCAUGCUCGAGAAGAUAUAAUGAUACCAUCAAGUAUGAUUGUUUCUCAUGUCCGAUCCCUCACUAUCUUUGGAUAUGCUGAACAUAUGCCUGCUCUGUCAAAAUUGCAAUUUAUGCGAGUGUUAGAUGUAGAAAAUAAAAUGGUGUUGGAUCACAGUUUUCUCAAGCAUAUACACAGGCUUUCUCAAUUGAAGUACCUGCGACUCAAUGUAAGAAGAAUCACUGCACUUCCUGAACAACUAGGAGAAUUGCAGAAUUUGCAGACCUUAGACUUAAGAUGGACACAAAUAAAGAAAUUGCCAUCUAGUAUCGUUCGACUGCAGAAAUUAGUAUGCCUAAGGGUAAACAGUUUAGAAUUGCCUGAAGGGAUUGGAAAUCUGCAAGCUCUACAGGAAUUAUCAGAGAUUGAAAUCAACCACAAUACAUCAGUGUAUUCUCUGCAGGAGCUGGGAAAUCUGAAGAAACUAAGAAUUCUUGGGCUGAAUUGGAGCAUCAGUGAUUCAAAUUGUGACAUCAAAAUUUACGCAGAUAACUUAGUCACGUCCCUCUGUAAACUAGGCAUGUUCAAUCUUCGAUCUAUACAAAUUCAAGGUUAUCAUAUUAUUUCCCUUGAUUUCUUACUGGAUUCUUGGUUUCCUCCUCCUCAUCUCCUCCAGAAAUUUGAGAUGUCCAUAAGCUACUUUUUCCCCAGAAUCCCAAAGUGGAUAGAGUCACUUGAGUACCUCAGUUACCUAGACAUCUACAUCAACCCAGUGGAUGAGGAAACAUUCCAAAUUCUUGCGGGCUUGCCGUCUUUAAUAUUUCUUUGGAUAUCCUCUAGAGCAGCAACCCCUAAAAAAGGGUUAAUUAUCAGCUAUAAUGGGUUCCAGUGUCUGAGGGAGCUCUACUUCACCUGUUGGGAAAGCAAGACAGGUAUGAUGUUUGAAGCAGGAGCCAUGCCAAAACUUGAAAAGCUUCGGGUUCCAUAUAAUGCAUGUGAUAUAUGCUCUUUGAAUGGUGGUAUGGAUUUUGGCAUCCAACACCUCUGUUCCCUGAAACAUCUCCAUGUUGAGAUUAUUUGCCGUGGUGCAAAGCUUCAGGAGGUGGAGGCCUUGGAGAAUGCUAUCAAAAGCGCAGCUGGCCUCCUUUCUGAUGAGCUCACUUUUGAAGUAAGUAGAUGGGAUGAAGAAGAGAUUAUUGAUAUGGACCAAGAACUGGCAGAAGAUGAUUUUGAUACAAUUAAUUGAAAGCAUAGCACAAUACUGAGGUAUAUUAUUUGUUCUGUUAAGCCACAACAAUUUGACAUAUUUUUAUUAUUAAAUUUUAUGGGUAAUGCGUUUUGGUCGUCUUUUAAUUUCAUUUGUCAUGUCUCUAUCAGGGUUCAGCCCUGUGCUUCGUUGUAAGAUGCUCUAUAAGUCUUCCAGAAAGAAUGAACAAAAUUGUUCAAAAAGUACUGUUAUCAUGCAUGGUUUGAUCCUUAACCAGUAAUCAACAAUUCCUGUGGAGAGGCCAAUUUAUUUCGAUGUAAAUUCAAUGGAUGACUUUUUUGUA